AUGAACGCAUCGCGAUCACUCGGGUUCAAUGACUCCAGUGAUGAAGUCACAACACCUGGCGAGUGGUACGACGGCAACUGCUCGUGGGUGGAUGCGGUGUCGUGGGGCUGCAAUGGCACACUCAACGCCACCAACGCGACCGCUACCGACGUCACGUCGCUCGUCCUCAUGGCGGUCACGUCUGUUGUCCUUGCUCUUAUCAUCCUCGCUACUAUCGUCGGAAAUGUGUUCGUCAUAGCAGCGAUUAUAAUAGAAAGGAAUCUGCAGAACGUCGCGAACUACCUCGUAGCUUCUUUAGCGGUGGCCGAUCUGAUGGUCGCCUGUCUCGUCAUGCCUUUGGGCGCUGUUUAUGAAGUCAGUCAAGGAUGGAUCUUGGGUCCUGAACUCUGUGAUAUGUGGACUUCUAGUGACGUACUCUGCAGUUCUGCUUCAAUACUUCACCUAGUUGCUAUUGCUACUGAUAGGUACUGGGCUGUGACAGACGUAGACUAUAUUCAUAUAAGAAAUGAAAGACGCAUCUUCACAAUGAUUUUUCUGGUGUGGGGAGCCGCUUUGGUAGUUUCUCUCGCACCUCAAUUGGGAUGGAAGGAUCCCGAUUAUCUAGCAAGAAUAACCCAACAACAAAAAUGUCUCGUGAGUCAAGAUCUUGCUUACCAAAUAUUCGCGACGUGUUCAACCUUUUAUGUUCCCCUCGCGGUCAUUCUGAUUUUGUAUUGGAAGAUAUUCCAAACUGCUCGAAGACGUAUACGAAGGAGACGAGAACCUCCUCCUCCAAGGCCGACAUCAGCAGAUGGGGCUCCACCUUCCGGAAGGCCAAUCCAACCAGCCAGAGAUAGACGAUUUGUAAAGAAACGAUUUCUCAAUCUAAAGAAAUGUAAUCAAAGAACUCGUGCUGAAACGCUAGCAGCAGCCCUUUUGCUUACUGAAGGUCAGAGUACGUCAACUGUAGAUACCCUAGACGAAGAGCCUCGUACAACAGCGUUUACGAUAAAUGAAAAGGUGGUUCCUCCAUCAGUUUCUCCAGAAAAGUCUUCCUCUACCGUCACGAACGGGUCAAAACAAGAACGAACUAUCGUGCCAGGACCUUCUCACAAAGAAAAGAAAGAAUCUCUCGAAGCUAAAAGAGAAAGGAAAGCUGCCAAGACGCUUGCAAUAAUCACAGGCGCCUUCGUCUUCUGCUGGCUGCCGUUUUUUAUAAUGGCAUUAGUUAUGCCAAUAUGCCAAUCGUGUGUGAUCAGCGACUACCUCGCAAGCUUCUUCCUAUGGCUUGGGUACUUCAACUCGACCCUUAAUCCAGUUAUUUACACGAUAUUCAGCCCCGACUUUCGUCAGGCAUUCGCCCGAAUACUUUUCGGCACUCACCGGCGGGGUCGUAAUAAAAAAUUC